CGCUGAGCUGCUUGUCCCCAUAGCCGAGCGUGGUGGACCGCGUGGCCAGCAUGCCCCUCAUCAGCUCCACCUGCGACAUGGUGUCGGCGGCCUACACCUCCACCAAGGAGAGCCACCCCCACGUCAAGACCGUCUGCGACGCGGCCGAGAAGGGCGUGAAGACUCUCACCGCGGCUGCUGUCAGUGGGGCCCAGCCCAUCCUCUCCAAGCUGGAACCACAGAUCGCAUCGGCCAGCGAAUACGCCCACAGGGGGCUGGACAAGCUGGAGGAGAACCUGCCCAUCCUGCAGCAGCACACGGAGAAGGUUCUGGCCGACACCAAGGAGCUCGUUUCGUCCAAGGUGUCGGGGGCCCGAGAAGCUGUGUCCAGCGCCAAGGACACAGUGGCCACACGAGUGACGGAGGCGGUUGAUGUGACUCGGGGUGCCAUGCAGACUGGUGUGGAUGCGACCAAGUCUGUGGUGACCAGUGGCGUCCAGUCGGUCAUGGGCUCCCGUGUGGGCCAGAUGGUGCUGAGCGGGGUGGACACAGUGCUGGGCAAGUCGGAGGAGUGGGUAGACAAUCACCUGCCCAUGACGGAUGCUGAGCUGGCCCGCCUCGCCACGUCCCUGGAGGGCUUCGACAUCGCUUCGGUGCAGGAGCAGCGGCAGGAGCAGAGUUACUUCGUGCGCCUGGGCUCCCUCUCGGAGCGGCUGCGCCAGCGGGCCUACGCGCACUCGCUGGGCAAACUGCAGCUCACGCGGCAGCGGGCGCAGGAGGCCCUGGUGCAGCUUGCGCAGGCGCUCAGCCUGAUGGAAACCGUCAAGCAAGGAGUCGAUCAGAAGCUGGUGGAGGGCCAGGAGAAACUACACCAGAUGUGGCUCAACUGGAACCAGAAGCAGCUCCAGGGCACAGAGGAGAAGCCAGCCAAACCAGAGCAGGUGGAGACCCAGACGCUCACCAUGUUCCGGGACAUCGUCCAGCAGCUGCAGAGCACCUGCGCCUCGCUGGGCUCCAGCAUCCAGGGGCUGCCCAGCCACGUGAAGGACCAGGUGCAGCAGGCUCGCCACCAGGUGGAGGACCUCCAAGCCACCUUUUCUGGCAUCCAUUCCUUCCAGGACCUGUCCAGCACGAUCCUGAUGCGGAGCCGAGAGCAGGUGGCCAAGGCCCGAGAGGCCCUUGACCACACAGUUGAGUACGUGGCCCAGAACACGCCCAUCAUGUGGCUGGUGGGACCCUUCGCCCCGGGAGUCGUUGAGAAAGCCCCGGAAGAGAAGAAAUAGGACGGGCAGGAGGAGGCGCGAGGGACUGUCUCUCCCGGAGGGGCUGGCCCCAGCACUGGACCCCCUCGCCCCCUCGGAACAUGCGUCCCUCCCCAUGCCCCUAGCUUAUCUUAGCUGCCACCUCAGGAAGCUGAAAAUUGACCAGUCCCUCCGCCACUGCGCACUCAGAGGAAGCGUGUCCUGAGCCUCACCUCCUCAGUCAUUAGGGGGAGGUUUCCAGAAAAAAAAAUGUUCUCCAAUUUCUUUUUUCUUAAAAACCAGGGACAGAUUUCUUAUAUCCCUCCCUCCUUUUCUGCAUCAGGGCCCCUGGGUAUUAGCCUUUAGCUAACAGACUUGGGAUUUCUGGCCUCCGAAGUGGGCCUCCUGGGGGCGGGGUGGCUGCAGAGUUGCUGAGGCCCGUUCUGGAGCAGAGGGGGGCUGAGGUGCCUGAGGCUUCAGUGUUGCCUUAAUAAAUUUUACCUGCAGCUAAGUGUGGGCUGUGUGCGUGCGUGCACAUGCGUGCUCCCUCCCCCAGGAGCUGAGCAACGCAGGGUCCCUGUAUGGCCGCCUCGGCCCCUUCCUUGCUCUGCUCACAAGGAUGUGAACAGGACAGGGCCAGACCUGGAGUGGGGCUUGAAGUUCUUGGACAGGAGAAGAGCAGGGCGUGAGGGUCCUUCAUCUCCCCCCAACGAGUCUUGCCCCCUGUGCCAUGUCCGAGGGAUCUGGCAGGAGCAGAAGGCCUGCUGCUUUUCCCCGACCGGGGAGUGGUGUGGCAAGCUCCCCCCAAAGAUGUCCCCGUCCCGAUCCCCAGGAUCUAUGAAUAUAGUCCCUCACGUGGCAUAGGGAACUGUGCAGUCGGGAUUCAGUGAGAGAUCUGGAGAUGGGGGGCGGGGUGGUCCUGAUGGAUCCGUGUGGGCCCUAACGUCAUCACGAGGUUCCUUAUGAGCGGGAGGCUGGAGGGUCGGUCGGAGAGGGUGUGAGGACAGAGGCAGAGGUUAGAAUUUGAGGUGGGUGGAUGUUCUCUUCACCUUGAAGAUGGAUGAAGGGACCCCGAGCCUGGAGAAGCCGGAGAAAGCAGGGAAACAGGAUCCCCCAACCCUGAACAUCCAGAAGGAUCCAGCCCUGCCGACACCUUGAUCUUAGCCCCAUAAGACUCAUUGCAGACUUCUGACCUCCAGAACUGGGAGGUGAUAGGUUUGUGGUGUUUUCAGCCUCUGAGUCUGCGUUCCUUUGUUAGAGCAGCCCUGGGGUACUCAUCCCGGGCCCAGGGAACUCCGGGUUGUCCCUGGACAGACCCCAGCUGGGAGAUUCCCGAAUUUCUGUCCCCUUCUGUGACUGGCCGUAUUCCCACUGCUGUGCUCACAUCUCCUUAGAAAACACUGAAACCGAAUCCUCUUGUCGUGCCCACUCUGGCCCAGGGCUGUCCCACUCGCGUCACACGCCAACCCUCUUAAUCGCCUCUGCUCUGUGGGUUAGGUGUCCCCGCUUUACGGCCGAAGGGACAGGAGCACAGUGCCAGGCGGGGGCUUGCCUCCCUCGCUGCGUCCAUGACGGCACAGUCCUGCUCCUUCUGCCUGUUGCACGUUCCCAGGGGCUGGCGUCCCGUGCUCCAGCUUGGGGUUGGGGCGUGGGUGCACCAGCCGGCUCCCUGGUCCCCUCAUGAGUGACCCUGGGCGGGCCUCGGCCUCUCUAGCCCUCAGCGUCAUCAUCCCAGACCAGCUUCCACGUAGAUCUGGAGCAAAGAUCGUGUAGGACUGCACAUUUGAAAAACCUGGUACUUAGGUUCUCUUAGGGUCUCCCCCUCAGUACUUCUGACAUCAGGGCCGAGUCGCUCUCUGGGAGCCGCCCCGGGCAUCUGGGUGUCGGGCAGCAUCCCUAGCCCCCCCACACUUGAUGUCAAAGGCACUCCCCGUCCCCCAAGUCGUGACCACCACGGGUGUCCUCAGACAUGGCCCCCUGGUGAGAACCACCAAGUCAGCUGGCUUCACCCCAACCACUUCUUUUUCUGCGUUUUUGCUUAAAUGAAUCCCCGAGUUUCCCCAUACGGCCCCACUAAUCUGUCAGGGAGCAAGUCUCUUUUUGCACCUAACAACACUAAGCUAGCAUUGGGUGUUACCGGGAGCCGGGCGCUGCUUUGAGCACCCGGCCCAUGUUAGCUUCAGCCUCAUCUCAACCCUCUGGGCUGGGUGCACUGAGCUUCCGAUACUGUGGAUGGGAAAACUGAGGCAGGGAACAUCAGAUCGUUUCCUCAAAGUCUCCUGGCCAGUAAGGGUCUGACAGGCUGGUCUGGGCUCUUGUCUUCCUGCCUGCACCCAGACUUGCUGGAGGAACUUAGAGGGCGGGCUGGCCCUCUUCAAUCCUCCAUGGCUCCCUCCGCAAAUGGGGUGUACUGAUUAGCUCUUGAUUCAUGACAAGUCAGCACUAACUUCGUGGGUUUAAACACAUUCGCCCCCAUUCUCUCAUAAAGUCAUCAUGAUGUCGUUAGGGGACCAUCCCUUGUCACAAGUAGCAUCCAUUCUAUUCCUUUGUGUCUGUUCCCGUUCUGACAGACGAAAGACUGCUUUUCUUUAUGUAAAAAAAAAUAUGUCGAUGGCCCUGGGAGAUCCCCUCUAAAAUAAAGGGUGGGGUGGGA